UACCGGACAUUACUUUAUUGAGCACUUAAACAAAAAUGCUCGCUAUAUAAGGAGAUCGAACAGCUGAUAAUUGAUUAAAAAAUGAAUUAGCCAAGAAGAUGCGAACGUCGCAUCCAUAAUCUAAGCGACAUAUUUACAGUUUCUUUUUUUACAAUUUUUUAAUAUCGGUUUAAGGAAACCGACACUUCCGAAAAGAAUCUAAUGAACUGCCAUGACCUUUGGUAAUGUUAAAUGCGAUUUAUUCGCAUCGCGAUGGCGAAUGGAAGACAAGUUUUCAAAACGACGCACGGUAAACGUGACGGUGUUGCCUUCUUAUGCGUUAAUAACACUUUAACGCCAUCUAGAAAUGCGAUUAGUUUAUUUGUCGAUAUGUCUGACGAUGAGGCCUUCGCGAAUAGAAUUAUCGUCUAUUUGCUAUUCAGUUGACGUACGCUACGAUCGGUAUUAUUAUUGCAUGUCAAUUUCCGAGAAUUACAUAAUACACUAAAGGAUGUAACGGAAUCAUUACGUUGUUCGUACAAAAAAUGGCGCUGCUACGUAAAGCAGAAUUCUCUAGUCAAUAUGCUUUGUUUCUCUCCUACCUCUCUUUUUUUGUUCUCUCUCUCUCUUACUCUCUCGGUAUUUAAUAGUUUCGAAUUUUAAUGCGGACAACUCAACACUGUUCAGCAUAAUAGCGUCUAUUGUGUAGAACACUAAUCUAGUCAAUGUCUUAGCUUUUAGGUACUCUCGAUAUUUUAAUAUAGUAUUAAUAAUAUCGGCGCCAUUAGCAUUGCUAUAUAGCUGCUCUCUGUUAAUCCCGAAUUCACAAUUUCAAUCGAGUAUUGUGUUAUGGCACAAUAAUACACAGUAUUGUUAAUAAAUUGCUCGAUUGAAAUUGCACACUUUGUGACACAUCAAUUCUUACCUUAGAAGAAAAGAAACAGUACUCUUGCUAUGCGCGAACGCAUUGCGCAAGGAAGACUGCAUUAAUGCAUGCGCGAUGACAUUACGAACAAAAAAUAUUGUCAUUUAGUUUGCGUCUCGAUGUUCUAUCAGUUGAUCAAAAUCUAAAAAUCGCGUCUACAGUAUCCAUUAAAAAUCUUCAUUUUUUGUCCCAAAAGUCAUAGAACUGUAAGUUAUUUAUUGUUAUCUUCGUGCGACAUUCCUCAAUUGACAUAAACGCUCAUUAUCGUUUUAGCCAUAUAAAUACCGAAACCAAAGAGAAUUAUUAUUGUGGGUGCGGUUGAUCCAUCACGAUAGUACUUGAUAUGCUUAUCACUACACUUUAGUUGGUAAUUUGACAUCAUUUCUGCUUAUUCAAAUAUUGUGUACAAGAACCGAAGAAUUUUUUUUGUUAAACAAAAUUCCAGAAAAUCAAUGAAAUUAAAGAAAUUGGUUUAUCGACGUUUGCUUUAUACGUAGUUCAGGGAAAAAAUGUUUGCAUUCAAGGUUAAACGUGAGUUAGUGGUGUGCUGUGCGUUCUGCUGCUUGUAUGCAUGCAAACGCGGCGAUAAAUGUGAAGGCGAGCGUCGCGCGCUCUUGUCACUGCACCUAACCUCUCCGUAAAGGUAUAGGCUUAUUUGUCUUGGUCAUAUAAACAUUCGAAUAGAAGGUAAAAAGCUUAUAAUUGAAUAGGCACAUGGGAUUCAUCAACGACGAGCUCCAGGAGGUAUCGAAGCUGUGUCAAAAUGUUAUCGAUGGUAGUCGACUGGUGUGCUGUGUUCAGAGUAUGGUUCGAGUGGAAAUAACGAAAACACAAUUCAAGAAAAUUAUUGUAUGUAUUCAAUUUCCACAAGACUAUCCGAAAGUGCCUCUUCUCAUUGAACUUAAGAGUAAGACUCUCUCAGAGAAAUUGUUGAACAGACUAACUAGUGUUUGCGAAAAAGAAUGUGAAAAUCUUUUGGGAAAAGCACAGAUACUUCCGGUCUUAAAAUUUAUAAGUAACUUCAUUGAGGAAAAUUCUCUUGUUUGUUGCUAUGAUGAAAUUGCUUCCUUAAAGAAGCUCUUGCUAGAGAACGAUGAACUCAAGCUUAAACAAAAGACCUCGAUGAUAUACUUGAAAGCUCAGCAGGGUUCAUAUUACUUAAAAACCAAGAUAGUGGUACCAGAUAACUAUCCUGAACGCUGUGUUGGUUUAGAAGAUACCGAUAGUAAUUUUCCUGCAGCAAUUGUUCGCUAUAUCCUUGGAAAAGGUAAAGAACUUGGUAGACAAUGUGUGGAACCACCGAUAAAAGAAAAGGCUCGUGCAACACUCUUUCAGCCAUCACCUUCCUUAAACAUAGUUGCUUCCUUCCUUGUAAGGUCAGUUAAGAUGUUGCCAAUGGAGCGCUGUCAAUUAUGUCGAAAACUCUGUUUACCAGAGAAACCAGAAGAAGCAGUAAUCGAUGAGAAUGCUGACCUGCAUGUAGAAAGACUCUACUGUGGACAUCUGUUUCAUCUGCAGUGCUUAAUAACAUAUAUGAAGACUCCACCGUUUCACGGUGGUAAAAAGUGUCCGAGUUGCGGUCAGCGAGUCUACCAUGACAAAUGGCGAUUAAGUGAGCGCUUGGCGGAAGAACGUUGGGCCCACCAACAAGCUCGCGCCAGGGAAUUAGCCGAAGUUGCGGACUUCUUUGAAUGAAAAGUAUCAUCAAAAUGCAUCUAAAACAAUAUUUGAUGGCGUCACGAACAGAUUAAAGAAAACAUGUCGGCUUUCGUCAAAUCUAACGACUUACCGUGUCGUGUGUAACGACGACUAAAGAGGAUCGUCCCUUGAGACGAAAGAUUAGAAAUGACCGCGUAUCAGCUUGUCGAGAAAACACCGACGACCACAACGACAUGAUGCCAAUCACACGUGCGAAUAUGACUGUGUCGCAUACUGUCAACAUUGGCAGCAAGGUCGAGAGUAUCUUCGUACGAUGGAAUGUAAAAAACCAAUUAUAUAUUUAUUUAUAUAUAUAGGUCACGUCUAUGAAUUUCAUAUAAGGAAGCAAUUUGAAAGUUUAUUUCUCAGUUACAUCUUCCCCAAAUAUAAUAUGUCCAACAAUAA